CGCAUCACAGAUCCCCACGGCUCCGUCCUGUAAAUCACUUUGUCACAUCCAGAGCGGAGCAGUGGCCAAGAGGACGACCUGUUGAAGAUUUCAAAGCAAAACCGUUUCUGACAUGCACUUUGAUAAAUCACCAAAAGAGAAGCCGUGUUGCACUCUUCCCACAGUGAAGAAACUCUUGGAGCAGAAGAGAAGGCGUGAAACAUCCUCUGUGCCGCCCUCCUGCUCUGCAGCCAGCACCAGUCCUGCUGCUACAACUACUGUUACACUGUCUGCAUCAGAACCAUUUACCUGUACAGGUGCGUCCAGCAGCUACUCAGACAUGGCAGUGAGCUAUGAGCAGUGGACUCCAGCUCCAGAUUCUACACUCAGUUACUACCCGAGCCAUCCAGGAUCCAGCUAUGCGGCCUACAACCUCCCAAUGACAUCUGAAUAUGGCACACAGCAGCAAGUCCAGGAGUUUGGCGAUACAAUGCCUCAGACAUAUCAGGAGUGCCCGAUGACAGUCGCGGACCCCAGUAUGGCCGCCGCGUCUUGGUCACUUCUGGGUUCCAGCCAGACCACGCAGCUGAGUUUUUGUUCGUCGAUGGAUGCCAGCAUGCUGGAGGAGGCCAGGAUGCUGCUCAGCGGGAUGGACUACAGCAGAGCCACCAGGCAGGAUGAAGACGGAGACACCAUCCUGCACAUCUACACAGCCAAGGGCCUUAGGGAGUGUGCCUUUGCUGCUGCAGAGAGGCUGAGGGAUGUAGGCAGACUUGAUGCCAAAGAACACAAGGGAAAGACUGCUUUACUGGUGGCGGUGACGGCAAACCAGCCAGAGAUCGUGCAAGAUCUGCUGUCAUUAGGAGCGGACAUCAAUGCGUGCGAUGUGAAAGGCCAAACUGCCCUGCAUCUGGCCGCACACUACGGCUUACCUGGAGUUCUGCAGGCAAUUCUGUCUAGCAGGCCAGCAGUCAACCUUGAGGCCCGCAAUUUUGAAGGAAUGACUCCUCUGCACUGUGCAGCCAUUUCUCACAGCGCCACCAUGAAGGCUUUGUCCAGCGGCGGGCUGGUUGAUGUCAGUCUUCAGACCAAGGCCGUGGAGAAGCUCUCCUGCGUGCAGAUGAUUCUCAGCGCCGGGGCGUCCCUGCUCAGCCAGGAAAUCAAAAGUAACAAGACUGUGCUGCACUUGGCUGUAAAGGAGGGGAAUGUUGAUCUGGUGCGUUAUCUGCUGAGGAUUCCCCUGCCGAACAUGAAAGACUUUGUCAACUUGAAAGCCCACGGCCACACAGCUUUACACAUGGCAGCUGGUCUCCAUGGCAACCCCCACCAGGAGGAGAUCCUGCGGCUGCUGCUGAGCAGAGGAGCUGAUCCCAGCAUCCGCAACCUGGAGAACGACCAGCCGGCUCACCUGCUGCAGAGUGGCCUCCAGGGAGAGCAGCUCAAGCUCAUGCUGAAGAAACGGAGCGCCUCGUCUCGUCGCCGUAUCGUGUCCUUGCAGGACCAGGAAUGAUUUGAAUCACUUGUAAUCCCCAUUUCGAGGGAAUGAGUCUUUAACAUGUUGCCUCUGUUGACAAGGGGAUUUAUUGUUAAGUGGUUUUGGGAGUCUCUGGCCUAUAAAUGAUUAGCAAACUAGUUUGGCAUAUUAAUCUCUGGGUACAAUUCACACUAGAUUAGACGAAUGAUGCUUUAACGCAUAAAUCUUAAAUCUAGAGUCUUAAAAUCUACUGCUUUAUUUAUUUUUCUACGCACAGGGUGAAGUAUUGAUUUGCAGGUGAGGCAUUUCAUUCCAAAAUGUGAUAUCCUCCAUUUAGCCUUUCCACAAAAUACUCCUGCUGCUGCCGGCAAAUUGACAACAAUUCUGACUAUUGGAGACGCUUUAAUUUAUGUAUUUGUAUCGGUCAAAGUGGAUAUUUAAUAUUUUGAAAUGGGAGCCUUUAAAUGAACAGAAACGAAGACUAUUAGUUAUCUUCAAAAAGAAGAAGGAACAGAUGGUGCUGUGGAAGGUGGACUAAUCAUUUUCCUCAUAGGCUACACUCCCACUUUAAUGUUGAUUUCUAUGAAAUUGUUGGUAUGACCUCCAGGACAAUGUCCCUGAAACCAAUCUGACUCUCUUUUUAAAAGCCCCCGUCACAGCAGGUUAUCAUAUUGAUACACUGAGUGAUGGUUUAGAUUUCAGUCAGCAUGUGUGCUUAUGUUAAGAAUGCGUGUGUUCAAAGUGAGAACAAUCUAUCCUAUAAUUUAACUCUCUUUCUGUAUGCAUCAUACUUGUGUGUGUAACACCCGGUACAAUUUAUUUUCUUUGUGGAAAAAGAGACUUUACUGUGUAAAACUGUUAUGUAUUUGAAACUGAUUACGACAAAGAAUGUUCUUAUCACAGAGACAUUAUAUGAGUAAGUGCGGUGACAAAUUGUCUGACUAACUGUACAUUUUAGUCAUGAGUCAUGAAUAAAAGUACAAUAACACUGUAUUUCAAAUGUUCCAUCCAAUUGUUUUGAUGAUUCAGUUAUGUUUAACUUCAGAUAUUAACAGGAUGGAAAAUACAGCAUCCCACUUGAUGGCUGUGUCUGUCAGGCUUAAGGAGUAUCUGCUUUUCAAGGCCAAUUGCCGCCGACAUUUGCAGCCAUGACCCUUAGUCACGGGAGAAACGAGGUCUGGUUUUGACUGAAAUUUGAGUGAUAAAUAAGGUUUGAGGCGUUGCUCACCUAUGUGUCAUGCCUGUUAUUAGACACUGUAAAUUCCUGUAAAGCACAAGGGAAAGAUCAGUGUCAUAGGUCACAAACAACAUAUGAGAUAUUAUCAUUAUUAUUUCUGAAUUACAUUUACUCCACUCCAUCUUGUUGAGUACACAAGAGUUUGAGUUUAUUUGAAACAGUGGUCUCAUUGUUUCGGUUUUACACACAAUGAUUUCAUUUUCAAUACCUUUGCCUUCAUUUAAAACAGAAGAAAAGACAGAUAAUAAAACCCCAAAUCACCAAUUUAACACACGUUUCAACCACUGUUGCAUUUGUCAAAGCAUUUUCAAAAUAAAACAAAUUACAGAACAUUGUCUUUCAAUUUUCAUCAAGAUAUUUUGCUAUGUUAUUCAGUAUGUUAUAUUUGGACUAUUCCAUUUAUUGAUUUCUUCAUUAUUUUUUCAUGCUUCUUGAGAGGCCCCAGAAAAGUAGAUAUUAACAGAAGUUAAGAAAAAUAAAAGCAAA